CCAUCCAGACUUCUCCAUUCGACGCGUGCCACAUGCUGCUGCAGUAAGACCAACAGUGAAGCCAAAUACAAAGACCCGUUCAAACUUGGCAGGAGUGACUUGAAAAACCUCUAUGAUGAUAUCAAGAAGGAGCUGUUUAUAACAACCAAGGAUCUCAGGGAGAUGUGUGAAUAUUAUUUUGAUGGAAAAGGCAAAGCCUUCAGACCCAUGCUGGUCGUUUUAAUGGCCCGGGCUUGCAAUAGUCAUUACAAUAACAGUAGAGAGGUGCAUCCGUCCCAACGCUCGGUCGCUGUGAUCACUGAGAUGAUCCACACAGCAAGUUUAGUUCACGAUGAUGUUAUUGAUGGAUCGGACUCUCGGCGGGGGAAGAAAACUGUUAAUCAGAUCUGGGGGGAGAGAAAGGCUGUUCUUGCUGGGGAUUUCAUUCUGUCUGCGGCCUCCGUGGCGUUGGCUAGAAUUGGAAACACGACCGUGAUCUCGGUGCUGUCCCAGGUCAUUGAAGAUUUGGUGCGUGGUGAAUUCCUCCAACUGGGAUCCAAAGAAAAUGAAAACGAAAGAUUUGCACACUACCUAGAAAAGACUUUCAAGAAGACGGCGAGUCUGAUAGCCAACAGCUGUAAAGCAGUUUCAAUCUUGGCGUGUCCAGACCCAACGGUCCAUGAAAUUGCGUAUCUGUACGGGAAGAACAUAGGCAUAGCUUUUCAGCUAAUAGAUGACGUGUUAGACUUUACAUCUUGUGCUGAUCAGCUGGGGAAACCAGCAGCUGCAGACCUCAGACUGGGAUUGGCAACGGGUCCAGUUUUAUUUGCUUGCCAACAGUUUCCUGAACUGAAUGCCAUGAUCAUGAGAAGAUUCGGUUUACCCGGCGAUGUGGAACGAGCAUGGCAGUAUGUUACUCAGAGUGACGGCGUUGGCCAAACAACCUACCUCGCCCAGCGCUACUGUAGCGAAGCAAUCCGGGAAAUCAGCAAGUUGCAGCCGUCUCCAGAGAGAGACGCACUUAUCCAGUUGACCGAAACUGUGCUCACGAGAGACAAAUGACACGCGUGGUCUCACACUUUCUGGCAGCUACCACCAAAACGUGCCUCAUACAACACUUAAACACAGCCGAGGGACUAAAAGGACCGUUUCAAAGAUCCGAAACUCCUUUCUGCAUUAAAGUACUGUAUUUUUUUUAA